UUAUCUACUUGAGAGAGAGAGAGAGAGAGAGAGAGAGAGAGAGAUUGAAGGAGUAAAAUGGCAGCCUUGAACUGCCCAUUCCAGCCUACAAAUUACAAAGGAACAAAGAAAAUCCAUGCCACCCCUCUCAUAUCUUGCUCAAUGCAAUCGUCCCAAACCAAUAUCAAGGUGGUAAUCAAUGGUGCAGCCAAGGAAAUUGGGAGGGCUGCCAUAGUUGCAGUAACUAAAGCCAGAGGAAUGGAAGUAGCUGGUGCUGUGGAUUCUGUUCUUGUGGGAGAAGAUGCUGGGAAGGUGUGUAAUAUGGAGGAGCCUUUGGAAAUACCUAUCAUCAGUGAUUUGACCAUGGUUUUGGGUUCCAUCUCUCAGUCGAAAGCAGUUAGUGUGGUCAUCGAUUUCACCGACCCGACAACGGUUUAUGACAAUGUGAAACAGGCGACGGCCUUUGGCAUGCGGAGUGUUGUUUAUGUGCCGCGGAUUAGCGAUGAUACAGUGACAGCAUUAUCUGCAUUCUGUGAGAAGGCCAGCAUGGGCUGUCUUGUUGCGCCGACGCUCUCUGUUGGUUCUGUACUUCUUCAACAAGCCGCUAUUUCAGCCUCGUUCCACUACAAAAAUGUAGAGAUUGUUGAAUCAAGACCUAAUGCUUCGGACCUUCCAUCACCUGAUGCAAUCCAGAUCGCCAAUAACAUGUCUAAUCUUGGUCAGAUAUACAACAGAGAAGAUCUCUCGACAGAUGUUUUGGCAAGAGGUCAAGUGCUCGGUGAGGAUGGCAUACGGGUGCAUAGCUUGGUCCUUCCAGGGCUUCCCUCCAGUACGACCGUUCAUUUCUCUGGUCCGGGGGAGGUUUACUCCCUCCGACAUGACAUCACAGACGUGCAAUGUCUCAUGCCAGGCUUACUCCUUGCCAUUAGGAGGGUUGUCCGCCUCAAGGUAAUUGGCAUUCAAGAUUUCUCUUUAGUUCUUUUGGGCUUCUUGAAUUUCCUUGCCUCAGACUUGCUCAGACUGUAAAUUGUUUGCAGAAUCUGGUGUAUGGCUUGGAGAAGUUUCUAUAGGUGUUCUUGAAGCUCCUCUGCUCAAUAUAAAGCAAUAGACGAUUCUGCUUGCUCCGGCUGUACUUCAUAGAGGGAGUAUGUGCGUGUGUAAAUCCUCGCCAAUGUUGGAGGCAUUUUAUUGGCGGGAACUCUUCAUGGAACCUGUAAACAACAUUGUUGACAUAGAUUUUCCAUAUUGACAUCCAAUUCUUCAAAUCAUGGCGGCCAUGAUUUCCUUAUGAAUUUAGUUGGAUUAUGGUUUGUUGAA